GCCCCACUGGGCAUGUAUUACAGGGUGCUCUUUCAAUUUAGCCGUAUAGGUGGCUUGUGUCGGCUCAAUUGGCCUCCUUGCCUCAUCGCAAGGACAGAGGGCUUUCUGUAUCCCGGGGUUUCUUGCCUUGGUGUACUGGAGCAGUCGGAUCACAGGUGGGCUUGGAGAAUGAGUGCAAGGUUUUAUUGAGUGGAAGUAGCCCUCAGCACAUGGGGGAGCCAGAAGGGAGUUGGAGCAGGAAGAACCCAGGGACCAUGGGUGCCUCCAGGCUCUAUACCCUGGUGCUGGUCCUGCAGCCUCAGCGAGUUCUCCUGGGCAUGAAAAAGCGAGGCUUUGGGGCCGGCCGCUGGAAUGGCUUUGGGGGCAAAGUGCAAGAAGGAGAGACCAUCGAGGAGGGAGCCAAGAGGGAGCUGCAGGAGGAGAGCGGUCUGACAGUGGAUGCGCUGCACAAGGUGGGCCAGAUCGUGUUUGAGUUCGUGGGCGAGCCUGAGCUUAUGGAUGUGCAUGUCUUUUGCACAGACAGCGUCCAGGGGACCCCCGUGGAGAGCGACGAAAUGCGCCCACACUGGUUCCAGCUGGACCAGAUCCCCUUCAAAGACAUGUGGCCAGACGACAGCUACUGGUUUCCACUCCUGCUUCAGAAGAAGAAAUUCCACGGGUACUUCAAGUUCCAGGAUCAAGACACCAUCCUGGACUACACGCUCCGAGAGGUGGACGCGGUCUAGCGGGAGCACGGGGAGCCCCUGGGCAGGAGACUUGGCUGCUGAACAGCUGCAAAUCGGCUGUUCACCUGGGCGCAGCAAGUGGAUCAGAGCUGGAUUUUGUCUGUAGUGUGAUUGGACGGAAAGGAAAAUAAAGGUCUUCAACCUUUUUUUUUUUUUUUUUUUUUUUGGA